GGUGACAAAUCCACGAGACUCCACCUUCCAGUAACAAGAGAUGAUUUAUCAUCAGCACACAGGCGACAGAGAGGCACAGAAAUCAGCCGAUGCUUUCACAAAGCCAUUGCAUCUGAUGUCAAAGUGUUUUAUAUUGCGCAAAAGGAUUAGGGAAAAAAGAUCCACGCGUGGGAGAGCACGAGAGAGAAGACGGUUCAGUUUACAAGUGGGGAGCAUUGCAAGUGGAGCGAUGGAGACGGAUGUACUGGUGCAUGUGAUAGACGCAUGAUUGCAUGGACGCUUUUCCGUCGAAUUUAACCAAAAACAAAUCUAUGCAGUGUUGCAUUAGAAAUAUAGCAUGUGCAGUCAGGUUAGGAAUAUUCCGUGAUAAAUAAUGCAGGCUGGUUUGUCAGCUUAGAAUCUUCGUUGCAUUUUCAGAAAGUAAUCAAAGCACAUUUUUACAGUUUGUUAAUGUAAUGUAGAUAAUGGCUUCCUGACAAGGAUCAAGCAACCAAUCCAGAGUGCCAGAUGCGAAUCUGAUAGAGGAAAAACGAAUUGGAAAUGGAACUCAGGCAUUUUACAACCCACUUUUGGAGGCCUCGGUCAUACUAACCCCUGUAUGAAUUGCCGUUUCCAGCACCACGAACAGCGACCAUGAACAGGUUACGCAGGAAAGCAUGUGUGGCUCUUCUAUUGUUCACUUUGUUUAUUUUUGGUACUAUGAUGGGCCUACGAACCCUCAAACCAACUGAUGGCUUCUCGGAUCUUGCUCCAGGAAUGGAGCUGAUGCCUUUGGUUGGAGAGCGAAUGGACCAGAGGCCCAAUCAUGUAGCUGAAUCAGCGGGUCAGAAUGGUGGUGUGGGCAGUGACACUAAGAUAGUGUUCUCCAACUCUGGUCCUGACCACAGCAUAUUCUAUGACAUUCACAUCUUCUAUUAUUUAUGGUAUGGCUCACCACAGAUGGACGGUAGUUAUAUACACUGGGACCAUGUACUAGUGCCACACUGGGAUCCCAAAAUAGCUUCCAGUCACCCUAAAGGACGACACAGUCCUCCAGAUGACAUUGCAUCCAGUUAUUAUCCUGAACUAGGACCCUACAGCUCCAGAGAUCCAGAUGUCAUUGAAUCCCACAUGGCGCAAAUCGAAGCUGCAGCUGCAGGUGUGGUGGUCCUGUCCUGGUACCCGCCUGGUGUGGCAGAUGAACAUGGCAAACCCACAGAGGAUCUAGUGCCAGCUGUAAUGGAUGCUGCUCAUAAACACAGUAUCAAGGUUGCAUUUCACCUGCAGCCCUACAAAGGCCGGACAGACCUCAAUGUGCAUGACAACAUCAAAUACAUCAUUGACAAAUACGGGAAACAUGGGGCUUUCUACAGGUUCAAGUCCAGCGCUGGGAAGAUCCUUCCGCUCUUUUAUGUGUACGACUCUUACCUUACCCCACCGGAGACCUGGGCUGAGCUGCUGACCGUCAGGGGAUCUCACAGUCUCCGAGGAACUCCUUACGAUGGCAUCUUCAUCGCUCUCAUUGUGGAGGAGCGUCACAAGCAGGACAUCCUGGCCGGUGGGUUCGAUGGCAUGUACACCUACUUUGCUUCUAAUGGCUUCUCCUUUGGAUCUUCUCACCAGAACUGGAAAGCUAUCAAAGCUUUCUGUGACAAGAACAACUUGCUGUUUGUGCCUAGCGCUGGACCUGGUUAUAUGGACACCGCCGUCCGGCCGUGGAACAACCACAACACACGCAACCGAGUGAAUGGACGAUAUUACGAGACCUCAUUGCAGGCAGCGAUGUCCAUAAGGCCUGAUAUUAUCACAGUGACGUCGUUUAAUGAGUGGCAUGAAGGAACUCAGAUUGAGAGGGCCGUGCCCAAGAAGACUGUGGCCCAUCUGUAUCUGGACUACAAACCCCAUCAGCCAGACCAUUAUCUGGAGCUCACCAGAAAGUGGGCAGAACAUUUCAGUAAGGAGAAAGAGCAGUGGCUUAUGUGAUUGGGUUUUGUUGCAUUGCGCAUGUUAUUGAAGUUAUCAAUGUUACCGAUUACUGUCUUU